AUGAGAACUUGUCAGCUCUGCGGUCAUACUGCAUUCCGUGAGUUUCUGCGGAGUGCUGUAGCUACGCCAAUACGGACCAUCUCGCAGGGCACGUCUUUGUCGUCGAGUGUGCGCGAUGUCGGCGGAAGCAGCAGCAGUGGCGCUAGUGCUACUGUCGCCCCAGAAACGGUUUCUUGGUCGAACGUGUCGUCAUCCCUCUCCUCUUCUCCCGUGACUAGCGACUGUGCCGCCAUUCUCAAGUAUCCGUACCAGGUAAUUAGCACCGAGAAGGAACUGAAAGAGGCCGUUGGUGUAUUGCAGCGUAGUCGGCAGAUCGCCAUUGAUAUCGAGGCGUUCUGCACCUCGGAGGCAACCAAAACACCUCAGCUUGGUCGUGUGUCGCUUGUGCAGACCUGCAGCGACGUGGUACCGGUUGUGUUCUUGUUCGACGUGCUUUCUUUGUCAGUUCACAUCUUCACGCAGGCGAUCCGGCCCGUCUUCAAUGACGAGACGAUUCGAAAACUCUUCUUCGACUGCCGACGCGACAUUGAAGCGCUGAGCACGCAGAUGAGUUUGGUGCCGAAGCGCGUACUAGAUUUGCAGCUUCUCUUUACCGCCGUGCAGUGGAAGCUGCGCAGCGUGAACCGACGGUCUGGUAUGACGUACGUGCUCAAGAGUGUAGCCGGCAUCCACCGACAGGAGGGCGACUUCGCCGUGCAGACGGCCAUGGUGGUCGGCGACAGGCCUGUUUGGGAUACGCGUCCGCUGCCAGAGCACUUCCUUGAGUACGCCGCGGACGAUGUUCGUCACAUUCAUCUUCUCUCCACGUACUUUCCAUCUCUGACGCAGCAGGUUUCGGAGGCAGCGGUGGAGCGGUUGACGGAGCAGUAUGUUCAGCACUACGGUGUCGGGCAUGCGGUGACAGUAGAGGCUGACGCCCAGCCGGCGCAGGUAAACACGGCUUGGCUGGAACGGUACAUUGGCCCCGGCGGGGUUUGCAGCUUCUGUGGUAGCAAGGGGCACACAGAGAUGGAGUGCUUCCGCAAGCUGAACGGCAACGUGCGCUGCUCCUUCUGCGGAGGUGUGGGUCAUACGGCGCGUAAUUGCUUCCAGAAGCACCCCGAGCUGCUCAAGUGCGACCGCUGCGGCCAACUAGGGCACAGCACAGCGAACUGCUUCCGUGCGAACCCGUGCAAACACUGCGGGGGCAACCACAGGAGCGAGAACUGUCACUACCGUGCGCACAUUGCGAAUGCCUGA